GAGUACGACUGUGUGUUUGAAGAUUUGACUACAUUUACGGUCGCAUUAUCUGCGCGGAACUGUACACGGAGAACUAACAAGAUCACGUUCCCAGUCGGCAAACUUCUGUGUGGGGACAGGGGACUUUUCCCGACAGUGACGUGGGUUGUUAAGAGGACAGGCAACUGGAGGGACUCGAGACAAACUUGUCUGAUUCAUCAUGAAGCUCUACAGCCUUAGCGUCCUUUACAAAGCGACGAACAAAGCAAACCUGCUCAAAGCGGCCUAUGACUUGUCCUCCUUUAGUUUCUUCCAGCGAUCCAGUGUGCAGGAGUUCAUGACAUUCACGAGUGCCCUGAUUGUUGAGCGCUCCCCACUUGGUACCCGGGCUUCAGUCAAAGAGCAAGAGUACCUGUGUCACGUGUACGUACGGAACGACUCUCUCGGUGCUGUAGUGAUUGCGGACAACGAGUAUCCUCAACGAGUGUGCUUCACUCUGCUGGACAAGGUACUGGAUGAAUUCUCGAAGCAGGUGGACAGCAUAGACUGGCCCUCUGGAUCCUCAGACACCAUCCGCUACGCUGCUCUUGACAGCUACCUCGCUAGAUACCAGAAUCCUCGGGAGGCAGAUGCAAUGACCAAAGUUCAGGCUGAGUUGGACGAAACCAAAAUCAUUCUGCACAACACCAUGGAAUCCCUGUUGGAAAGAGGGGAGAAGCUGGACGACUUGGUACAGAAAUCCGAGCACUUGGGAAGCCAGUCCAAAGCCUUCUAUAAGACUGCGAGGAAGCAGAACUCUUGCUGUGAGGUCAUGUGAUGGUGGUGCAUUAGCCUGCUGGACCUGACUGUGUUGGCUCGCCACUCCAUUCCUACAACCGACGGUACACGGCAAAGGUCGAGGCCCCUCAACCACACCUUGGAGAACAUUGGGGGGAGUGGGUGUGUCAGGAAAUCCCUUCUGAGGGCCUGGUUCGGGGAUAAAGGGGGGUGAUUUAAAAAGGCACACUUUUGCUAUGUUUUAAAUUGUCAAAAAAGAGUGGUUUUAACCGUUGGAGGAGGCGGAUAUCCUGACUUUGAUGUCCUUGUUGGUUUCAUCUCAACUGCUAGGAAGCUGAUGUAAAUGAAGGAGUGAUUCUUCUGAGUAGGUCCAGCUUUAGUCUAAUGCAUUUUGUCUGUUUUUGUCUCUCAGUUCUAGUCUAAUUCCUCAGUAGAGGAAUCCAAAAUAUUAGGCUGAAAUGCACUGUGCACAUUCCACUGAAUUCUGAGCUCCAUCUCCAGUGGGCUCCUGACUCUGAACUGGUAAUUUUGUUGUGCACACUAGAGGGCGCCAGCACCUUACUGUCCUGCUUGAUGUACGUGUUUUGAGGAAGGUUUCUUCAUUGCUGGGUGAGAGCCAUUUCAAUAAUUUAAAGCUGAAUAAAACAGCUGUACACCACACAGUACUAAUAGUAACGGCACCAGUGUUAAAUUUACAGGGGAUAGUCAUUGCAGGGAUUGGUUCCAGAAGGGCUCUUGUACAAAUCAUCCAGGGUUUGGAUGGAGUCAAUAGCUCUCACUCUAAUAACACUAAAUUUUCAGCAGUUUAACUUGCUGGGCCGAGAGUGCCAUGUAGCUGCUCGUUUGUAUAAGAUUAUCGGCUAGUGAAAUGUGGACUAUUGAAAGUGAGUGUUUUGCAAUCAGUGGUCAAGUGAACUCAGCUGUGUGAAUGUGUAUACCAGUAUUAGUCCGGAAAGCUUGUGUGACAGGCUAGUGUGAAUUCAUGCAGUAAUUAAAAAGCCUUCGGCCAGAACUGGUCAAAUUUCCUACAAGUUGUGGGACAAGACGGUUUGGGCUAAUACUAUUAGAACAUUCCUAACUUAUCUGUAUAUUUGUGAGAUAUAUAGUGAAAAGAAGGGCAAACUUGACCGCUAAGCUCAGAUAAAAAAAAACUGGUCUAUGUCCAUCUGACUGGUCCAGAUCCACAAUACCGUUGUGGUGCAGUGUGAGUGCAUUUAUUGAAAUUAGCCUCCUUCCUCAAAUAUUUCCAUAACAGGUGAUAGAAAAUUGACAUUUUUCACUGCGCUUAUGUGUACAAUUGGCUGCAUUGCCCCCUGCUGGCCAUGUGUGCACACUACUGCCCAGAUGCAGUCCCCAACCUGGAAAGACUUGAGAAGCUUUUUGUGGCUAACCAGUACCUGACUAACCAAUGUUAUCAAGUUUGUUUUUGCUUUGAACCCGCCCCCCCAAAACCGAUUCUUGUUUUUGAUAAUCAACCAUGAAGCAGUUGUUCAUUUUGCCUUGUCUGAACUGUAUAUUGUAUAGUCAUAUUCAAGAACCUCUUUCUGUGAUUUGUGUAAAGUAGCCCUGAGUAAUUCCAUCUUACCAGAGAAGUUUGUCAUUCUCAUGAGCCUUCUUUUUCUAUUGAUGGAACAAUAGGCAUUUUCAAAGAAACAACAUUAUAUGCAUUAAUACCUUAUGUUAAGUAUCUAUAAUUGGAAUAUAUUUGCUGGGGAUGUGUGUUAAUAUCCUGCAUUUAAGGUGGUAGUUGUCAGUUUUAGCUUGAUUGAACUAGAACUAUGCCACAGAAUUUAACCAUGAUGGCCAAGCAUGUACUGGUGUUGUCACAGUUCAUACAAGUUAAAAAUAAAUAAAUUAAUGGCCAACACCAUGUAAUUCUCUCUAUUCCAUACUUAAUAA